AACCUAAAAUUUUUCGACGUUAUGUUGCUAAGUCAGAUUAUAAGCAGAAACUUUUUAACAAAGUCAAUAUUUGGGGUGCAAACAUAUCGAAAAUGUGAAACAGCUGUUCGAAACCACUCUCAGAGACGUCUCGAAGAAGCAUACAAAUAUAUUAAAACGAAGUGCCAAUCCAAGAAACUACCACAAGAUGUCAAUCCAAAAGCUGUGUUUGCUUGUAAUGAGCUGGACCUGAAGGAAGUUAAAGUUUAUGGAUUUGACUAUGACUACACAUUAGCUUGCUAUAAACCAUCACUUGAUUACCUCCUUUACAAUCUUGGCCAACAGACUCUCAUUGAACAAUAUAAAUAUCCUCAAGCAAUCUCAUCACUCCAAUAUAAACCAGGCUUCGCAGUUAGAGGUUUGCAUUAUGAUAUUGAAAAAGGAGUUUUGCUAAAACUUGAUUCCUUUCUGCAAAUACAGUUUGGAUCUGUCUAUAAAGGCCUGACCCCAUUGUCCAAUGAAGAAGUACUGAAGCUGUAUAAAAAUAGGAUUAUUCCUAUUGCCUAUGUUGAAGGACACACCAAAAAUGCCUCAUUGACUUUACAGGAGUCAAACACGAAAAUGGUUCAGUUGGCUGAUCUUUUUUCUGUACCUGAGAUGACCCUCAUGUGCAAUGUAGCUGAUUAUUUUGAUCAGAACCACAUAGACUAUCAUCCUGAAAUCCUAUUCAGAGAUAUCAAAAACUCUAUAAAAAAUUCCCAUCCAAUAAUGCAUAAAGUAGUAUCAGAAAAUGUAUCUGAAUACAUUGAAAGUAAUGAUCAGCUGAGAACUUUCUUUGAUAGAUUGAAAAAAGCCAAUAAGAAAUUGUUCUUGGUUACUAAUAGUCCCUAUGGAUUUGUAAACAAGGGUAUGGAAUUCAUGGUGGGACCAGACUGGAAAGAGUAUUUUGAUGUACUGAUAGUUCAAGCAAGGAAACCAAAAUUUUUCACUGAUGUAUCAAGACCUAUCAGAGUAUUUGAUGAAUGCAGUGGUACCCAUAUCUGGGAUAGAGUUUCAAAAUUAGAAAAAGGACUCAUCUACUAUGAAGGAACAGUGAAGCAGUUGCAGGACCUGACAGGAUGGAGAGGGCACCAAGUCCUUUAUUUUGGGGACCAUCCAUACAGUGAUUUAGCAGAUGUUACUUUAGAGCAUGGGUGGAGAACAGGGGCAAUCAUCACUGAGUUAACGCAUGAAAUAGCAACUUUGAACAAUCCAGAAUUCAAGAAAAAUGCCAAUUGGUUGCAAAUGUUAACCCAACUAAUUGAAGAUCAUCAAGAUUGUGAAGAUCCUGAAGAACAAAAGCUUCUAGCCAGAUGGAUGGCAGAAAGAGACAAAAUACGGAAUGACAUCAAAUAUGUCUUCAAUGAACAAUUUGGAAGUGUUUUUCGAACUUACCAUAACCCUACCUACUUUUCCAGGCGUUUAUUCAGAUUUGCUGAUAUAUACACUUCUAAUAUAUCCAAUUUAUUAAAUUAUUCAGUUAAUCAUACGUUUUAUCCUAGAAGAGGUGUAAUGCCACAUGAGUAUAUAUCUUAUUUUGUUUGAUGAUAUUUAUUUUCUCCAAUAUCUUUCUAGUCCUAUUCUUAUUGUUAAUUUUAAACUUGUAUUUCACUAGUGCUCUCCAGAUUCUAUCUGAAGAAAAUAUCAUCAACAUCCUUUAUUUUAUUUUCAAUCUCAAAACAGUAUUAUGUUUAAACAAUCCCUGCUGAUCUUUGUGAUUAGGUACUACACCUUUUCAGGCUGAAUACUGAAAAAAUGUUAGUUUGAAUAUUAUCUAAUUAUGUGAAUAUACAUGAAUAGGAAUCAGCAGGUUUCAUGAUUUUUCUGAAAAGCGAUCAAUCCUCACCGAUGUUGGUCCAUUAUUAUCACCAAUAGACCAUCCUGGGAUGAUCAAAGUUUUCCUAUUAUAGAUUAUUUGCUCAAUCUCUUGUAAUUGUGUGGUAAAAAAUCUCUUAUUCCACUAUUUACUUUUUUGAGGGAUGAUGUUGAGAUUGCAUGUAUCUUCAAUUAUUGAAAAGCUUUUCUGUAUACAUACAGUGCCAUUCAUAAGAUAAUUACAUGGGAAAUUUCAUGAUCAUGUACCUAUUAAGAUGCCUGUCAACUUAUAAACAUCUCAUCAUGUAUAUAUGUACAAAACUUCUAUUUCCCCUGCAUGAAAUGAACGUCAACAAACUAUUUUGAUCUAUACAGAUUAUGUCAAAGUUGUUAUGCCAAUAAAAUUAUUAUUUAUUGAAGGACACCUAAUAUAUGAUGUAAUAUAUAUUGAAUCUCACUCUUUAAUAUUGUGGUGUUUUUUUCAUUUCAAAUUCAUGAUGACCGUCAAUAUUUAGUUUUGCUCUUGUUUUGUUUGAUGCAAAAACUAUGCAGGUACCUACCUACUGUUUUCCCAAAAAAAAUGUAACAUGACUUAGGAACACAAUGAAUGGCACUGUAUAUCAGCAUUAUUUGUUUAUAUUUAUGAUUGAGGUAUUUGUAAAAACUUCACGAACGAUAGUAGCUUAUUCAUCAGGUGUAAUACUGGUACAAUUAACUAAACUAACCUUGGCUUGCCUAACUUUUAUAUAUCCUACUUUUCCAACCUGAAGGAUUAGAAUUACCUGUGGACAGGUUCGAUAAACCUUCAUUUUCGGAAAAUAGUUACAAUAUCUACAUUAAAAUACAGUGUACCUGAUGAAGCUACUGUGUUAGCGAAACAUGUCAUGUGAUUGAGAAUUUUGUGGAAUUCUUACCGUUUGUGUAGUUUUUACAUUUGCCAUGGAUUUCGAUCAAGUAACGGCCAAGUCAAUUCAAAAUUUGAGGUAUUAUUAUUUCCGAAAGCUAUGCCGAGAGGAAAUCAUCAUAUAUAUUAUUAUAUGGGACAAGCAAAGAAAUAUUUUUGGUUCCACUAGUUUUUUUUUAGUUCCUCCAUUAUGAAUGAGGAACUUUAUUGUGGAAAAUCUAUUCGAUUUUUUUUAUAAAGCAUUUUCAAUAUAAAUGAUAUGUGUAACGUCCUGUUGCUAUACACUAUCUAUGAGGAAUAACUGUGAUAUGGAUUUUGAUUCCAUAUUAAUCAGUUUCUGACCAAGUUAUUACUUCUAAAAAAUUAAGGAAUUAUUGUUAUAUCAAAUAUCAGGAACAUCUAAUAAAUAAUCAUUAGAUUCGUAUAUUGUCAUAUCUACUUAUACCUACUCAGUUGAAAAAGUCAACCAUAAUAAUGUUAUUUAUAUCUGAUAUUAGGUUUGUUCUCCUUCAAAAUCGGAAGCAUGCCCAUGAAAAAUGCCAAUAGUUCUGUGAAACUGCGCAUGCUCCUGAUGGUUUCGGACUGUUUAUUUUCAGAACGAGAACAAACCUAGUAUUGUGAUCCAAGGUGACUAACCUACUAUUCUUUGGUCCAUAUGCAGGAACCAUUAUAAUAGAGUAUAUAUACAAGUAUACCUACCGGAGCUCUCUCAUAAUGUGCUCAUGAUACUAAAUCCAAUGAAAUCACCAAAUUUUGUUGUGAAAAUCC